AUGUCUGGCCGAGGUAAAGGUAAAGCAAAGGGCACUAAGUCCAAAACUCGUUCAUCCCGUGCAGGGCUUCAGUUCCCCGUCGGUCGUAUCCAUCGUCUCCUCCGCAAGGGCAACUAUGCUCAACGUGUUGGUGCUGGUGCUCCAGUCUACAUGGCUGCAGUUCUCGAGUAUCUGAGCGCUGAAAUCCUUGAGUUGGCCGGUAACGCUGCCCGUGACAACAAGAAGAGCAGAAUCAUCCCCCGUCACUUGCAGUUGGCUGUCAGAAACGACGAGGAGUUGAACAAGCUUCUUGGUGGAGUUACCAUCGCUCAAGGUGGUGUUCUUCCCAACAUCCAAGCUGUUCUUCUUCCCAAGAAGACCGAGAAGAAAAGCUCUUAAACAGUUCAACUGUUCAACACAAAAACAACGGCUCUUUUAGGAGCCACCACAUGAAUCGAAAGAUCAUGACAUUAUGCUUUAUACCAAU